GCAGUCCUUUCCUCGCAGCUUUUAAGGGAGGGGGUUCGGGGCUUUGGGACGAUAUUUUUUUGGGGGUGUGUGUGCACAACCUACCAUGGCCACAUCUGGCAGGAUCAGUUUUACAGUGAGGAGCAUUUUGGAUUUACCAGAGCAGGAUGCUAAUAGCAUAAAGCAAGCCUCUGACCAUCACCACUCGGCGGAGAACUACAUCGGCUCGCCGUACCGAGGGUGGACAGAAACAGACAGAAAUCACUAUCCUUCUUCCGACGAGAGCGGCCCGGAGCUGAGCCUGCCCGACUCCACCCAAAGGCCGCUCCCCUCCCGCGGCUCGGAGGCCGAGGAGAAGAAGAAGAAGCGGCGGGUGCUCUUCUCCAAGGCGCAGACGCUGGAGCUGGAGCGGCGGUUCCGGCAGCAGCGGUACCUCUCGGCGCCGGAGCGGGAGCAGCUGGCCCGGCUCCUCAGCCUCACCCCCACCCAGGUGAAGAUCUGGUUCCAAAACCACCGCUACAAGAUGAAGAGGGCUCGGAGCGAAGGCCCCGGCACCCCCCCGCCGCCUCGCCCGCCCGCCCUGCUGCGCCGGGUGGUGGUGCCGGUGCUGGUGCGGGACGGGGAGCCCUGCCGCGGCUGCCCCGCCAGGUUACCGCCUGUGCCAUAA